AUGCUUCACAAUCACUGGCUCAUUUACCAGCUGUGUGGUUCUCAGCUGAUUCGCUUUAACCCAACUGUGUUGCUGAUGCAGAAUGAGGUCAACACGGCAAACAAAGUUCUAGUAACUAAUUCUCUUGAGGGAGUGACUGCAGAGUGGGGAAAGAGGAAGAAAAGAGUGGUGUUUGGAACAAACGCUGCUGCAGCAGACCGCUGCCUGGAGCCGAUGUCAGAGGGGGCCUGUUCAGAAUAUGUUCUGCUCUGGUACUUCCACCCUCGCUCAGGGGAAUGCAGGCCGUUUGUGUACGGGGGCUGCGGUGGCAACGGAAACCAAUUCCCCUCAAGACAGGAGUGCCAGAGUUGGUGUCGGAUGGAGAGGAGAGGUACGGAGCCCUGGAGAGGAAACUAGCAACCCACUGGGAG